AUGAGACACUUUAUAACAGCACGUAAAGCCCCGGCAUCAAUCUAGUCUGAGAGCGACUUUCAGAACGGAGGGACUAUCGCUGUUGGACACUUUUGGGGAAAACUUGCUUUUGCUUCUUGCGAGCCUUUAAGUAUUUUUUUCUUUGUUUGUGGAAGUACAAGCUACCCGCUCUCAAUCGCCUGCCAAGAUGCUGCUCCUUCUGCUGGGAAUCGUCCUCCUCCACGUCGCUGGUCUGGUCCUCCUGUUUGUGUCAACAAUUGUCAGCGUUUGGUCGACAGGUGAAAAUGGCCCCACGGACCUCUGGAUCAACUGCACUGGUGCCAAUGGAGGACAGUGUGUACCGGCGUCAGCUGGAGAGUGGAUUCAGUCGGUCCAGGCCCUGAUGAUCCUAUCCAUCAUCUUCAGCUGCCUGUCUCUCUUCCUCUUCUUCUGCCAGCUCUUCACUUUGCAGAAGGGCGGACGCUUCUUCCUCACUGGAACCUUCCAGAUCCUUGCCAGCUUGUUCGUGAUGAGCGCAGCCGUCAUCUACACGGUGAUGAGUCCGGAUUGGGUGCAGGGCGGAGAGGCCUUCGGCUACGCCUACAUCCUGGCGUGGGUGGCCUUCCCGCUGGCGCUGAUCAGCGGACUCAUCUACGUCAUCCUGAGGAAGCGAGAGUGAGCCGUCGCUCCCGUCCCGGUGUUCCCUGUUACCGCAUCAGUCCCCCGUUCUGUUUAAAAAAAAAAGUACCAAUGGCCCCUGGAGCCACCAGACCAACAAAGCUAGAUCACAACAAGGAGAGGGGGGGGGGGUACCAAAAAAUCAGCACGCAAAAUCGACACAAAACAACCAAUCCUGUCUCAGUUAAAAGAUGUAUAUAGUAUCUAUGGUUUAAAACGUAUUUAUAACACUUUUUACAUAUAUGUACAUAGCUGUUGUGUUGCUCUGUCGAUGGAUACGUGUAUUGAGCGUUGUUUUAGCUGAUUAAGUGCCUCAGUGUUUGUUUGUAAUCAUGAAAUAAUCACAUGCUAUUUUGUUGUGUUUACUUUUCUUUUUCUGUUGCUUUUUUGUUUUGGUAAUUGCCAAAGAAUUAACCCCCCCCCCCUCACACACACACACACAGCAAAGAAAGGAAGCAAAAAGUUACUAGUAUUUUAACCAAAAGUGCAUGUUUAGAAAUAGAAGGGUUAGAAGAAAAGAGUUGUUUGAUGGGCUUGCUUUACGAUUAGAGUGGUAACAUCUCUGGAUGUAGCACAGCUAGGAGAUAUAUAGAUUUGGCCCUUUUCUAUUUUGUGAAUUUUCAAGUUACACUGUUUUUAUUUUCAGUAUUUUUUUUUUUUUCUAUUUCCUGAUUUUCAACAAAAGACGGUGCUAUGUAUAUUCAUCAUUCCUUUUACUCUUAGCCAUCGUUUAGAACGAACUCGCCAGGUUCUCGUUCGGAGUCAAACAGCCAUUCAUCAAAGUGGGAAUCAGACAUCAGGAGGUACAUACGGAGCCCGGCUGCUUCUCUGGGGAACACAGUUUGACUCACGCCGCCAGUGUCGGACUUCUCUUUUCGCUUCAUCAGCUACUGUAAACACGAGACGACCGAGUUUGGGGUGGUGCACUGAUCGAAAUAGAAUGUCAGUAUUAUUCUGCGUAUUUGUGAGGAGUUGGAUUACAGAGACAGUACUUCAUAUAAAUGCUUUAUUGUAACUCUUAUUUUCCUUAAUUAUAACCUCGUUCUGAUGUUUGUGUUCACCUGGCUUUUAAAGUCUCACGAAGCCAACCUGCCUAUUUACCAUAAAGAAAAUAACACUGUGGGGCAUUAUAGCCUAACAAAAGUAUUUGAUAUUACUAGACAGAAAUGCCACUGAGUUGAAGCCAUAAAAGAUAACAUCAGAUGAUGGGGGAAACAUUUGUAGUAUUAACUCUAUAUGUGAUAAAAAAAAAAAGAA